AAUGACAAUGUCAAUUGUCGAAGUGAACGUUUGACUUUGAAUUUUGAAAUAAUAAAGUUGUUUACUUGAAUCGAACGCGUACAAAGUUUAAUAUUUUGAUUCAAAUAAAGUUUCUAUUCAUUAAAAUCAAGAUGAUUAAGACCAAACCGUGGACUGGUGGUACUGACGAAGAAUAUGAGACGCAACAUUUCGGUUUUGGGGCACAACGCCUUAAAAUAGCGGUGAGACAAAUGGUUGAACAGAAGAUUACAAACGGCGUCAAAGACAUGGAAUCUUAUUUGCAAGAGUCUUUGGAUCUCAAUGAGACGGACAAGUCAACGUUAACGAGGUCAUGUGAUAAAUUGAUUCAUUUGUAUUGUGAGCGUGCGGGGCCAUCUUUGGAAGUUAUUGAUGAAGAAAUUGAACGUAUGUUGAAGAUUCCACAGAAUGUUUUGUUGCCUGAUGAUGAAGUGCAAGUUGAACAAACCUCGGAUUCGGAAUUUGAAAAGUUGAAGGAGGAGGUUGCUUCACUAAGGAGGCGAGUUGAAAGAGGCGCAUUGAUGGAGGCUUUAUUAUCAGCUGAAGAAGAGGAGCUGGCCACAUUAGAAAAAGUGUGUGAAACUGCAAAGAAAGACAUGGAGGCUGUCGACCUGCUUUGUAAAAGUGCUGACAACAGUGAGAGCUUGAAAGCAGUGCAGAGUGAAACACAGUUUUUGUGUGCAAGUGCAUCGUUUUUGAAGAAACAGAAUGAUUUGUUUGAUUAAUGAUUGGAAAUUAAGUAUCUUGUGAUACUGGACACAUUUAUCUAUCUGUAAUUAUGUAUGUAACUGUGUAUAUGAAAUAAAAGAUUUGUAACUUAAGAUCUUAUAAGUAUUUGCUGGGGCUUGAUCAGUAAGUUUGUGAGUGCAGUGCUUUGAUCUACUAAUUACACAGCGAGACUACUGAAGUGCAGAAUAUGAGGAAUAUGGUCUCUUAGAAAUAGUAGGUUGGUAUAUGAGCUGUAUCAAUAUUCUGUCAAAUUUUACCUUGCUAAAUGUACUGUCUUAUGUGCCAAUGCUGGUGCAUAAGACACUCAAUGGGUUAAAACCUAGUGUUUAUAUCAGUACCCCUUGC